AUGACUCAAUAUGUCAUUGCCGAGCUGCUGAACAAGAUGUCCAAUACGGACGCUGAUUACAGAUAUAUGAGUGUCAAUGAUAUGAUGAAUGAACUCAGCAAGCCAAACUUCCAAUGCGAGGAAUUGGUCGAAAAGAAAAUGGUCAAUGCUAUAUUAAAGCUAUUGGAAGAUAAUAUUGCUGAGGUCCAGAACGUUGCAAUCAAAUGUCUUGGUCCCAUGGUGAAAAAGAUUCGAGAAACCCAACUGUCAGACACAAUCAACAAACUCUGUGAUCUCAUGCAGGACUCAAAAGAAGAAACCAAAGACAUUGCAAGUAUCGGCCUCAAAACCGUCGUACUGGAAAUAUCUGGAAGCUCAUCUGCUGCUCCUGCUAUCGUCAAGAAACUACUAGUUAGGCUAGUUUCUCAAUUGCGAUCGGAAACAAAGGAAGUCUCAUUAGACUCACUGGAUAUCCUGUCGGAAGUACUGUCACGAUUCAGCCAUCUCAUCACUCCCACAGAUACAUACCCUCCUCAUACACCUCUACAACGAGCCAUCCAAGACACCCUAUUACCACUACUGGACUAUUCACGUCCUGCUGUACGAAAACGAACCACAGUCGCUAUUGGUAACCUGGUGGCUCAUGAACCUGAUGACUUGUUUACCGAGCUGCUUACAAAAUUGUUGAAUGAAUUGAAAGUAAAACAAGCUGCUAAAGAUGCAGACAAGUUAAGAACGCUUGUUGGUUGUGUUUCUACGAUCAGUCGAUACAGCUCACAUCGACUGGGUACCCAUCUGAAUGACUUGUUACCCUACGUCACAUCAUUGGCUGCAUUUGAUGAUGAUGAAUUGCGAGAAAAUUGUUUGCAGGCCCUCGAAUCAUUGGUAUUACGAUGUCCAACAGAAAUGUCUCCUCAUGUGAACAGAGUCAUCGAUUUGGCUCUCUUAUACAUCAAAUAUGAUCCCAACUAUGAUGCUGGAGACGAAGACGACGAUGAUGAAACCAUGGAUGUAGAUGCUGAUGCUGAUGAAGAUGAUGAAGAUAUGGGUGAUGGUGAUGACGAGGAAGAAGAGGAAGACGAUGGUGACUACUCUGAUGAAGAUGAUGUAUCAUGGAAGGUCCGUCGUGCUUCAUCAAAGCUAUUGGCAUCCAUCAUAGCUACUCGUCCAGAACUGUUGGCACAAAUGUAUGCCACCGUUGCUCCCGCACUCAUCAAACGAUUCUCGGAGCGAGAAGAGUCUGUACGAGUUGAUAUCCUCACUACUUUUAUUGAAUUGGUCAAACAAACUGGUAAAAGUGGUGGGGGCUCUGUUGUUGGGCCAACUGCUGCUGAUGGUACAAGAGACUCGAAGCGUUGGAAGGGAGAAGUCGAUCCAAAAGAACUACUUCGAAAUCAAAUUCCAAAACUCAGCAAGAGUCUAUCCAAACAGUUGGUGGGCAAAUCCAUCAGCACUCGUCAGACUGGUUUUGCGCUUCUUCGAGAACUGGUCGCAGUCCUUCCCGGAGCACUAAGCUCUGUAAUUGGUCAAUUUAUACCUGCCAUUGAAGCGUCACUAAAGGUACAAGGUACUGGGGGUGCUCAAGGAAAGAUACAAACCAACUCAAAUCUCAAGAUUGAAACCUUGACGUUUUUACGUAUAUUAUUACCAUCGCAUGAACCUACAGCUAUUCAUCCAUACUUGAAGCGUCUAGUAGAUCCCAUAGUUUUAGCAGCCACCGAUAAAUUCUACAAAAUAACUGCCGAAGCUUUAUUGGUCUGUGAGCAAUUGGUACGUGUUAUUCGUCCAUUUGCUAAAAUGGGUAAUGAAUAUGUCGUCCAACCACUCCCACAACCUGAUUUCGCUCGUUAUAUCGAUACCAUUUAUAAAACAACAAUGGGUCGCCUAAAAAGUGCUGAUGCUGAUAUAGAAGUCAAGGAACGAGCCAUUACAUGUCUUGGUGCAAUUAUUUAUCAAGCAGGAGACGUACUAGAUGCCAACGAAGUCCAAAACACCGUCAUGAAACUCUUAGUUGAUCGACUCAAGAAUGAGUUGACACGACUUGUAUGUGUGAAAGCCAUUCAACACAUAUGUGAAUCACCACUUCUAGAAGUCGCUUCAUCAGCCAAUGCCAUCUCCAUUCGUCCCAUCUUGGGCGAAGUCCUAAGAGAAACCGCCUCAUAUUUACGUAAAUCCCAACGCCCACUUCGAGUAGCUUCCUUACAAGCUCUCGAAACCAUCAUCAGCAAAUACCACGAUAUCAUGAACGCAGACCUCUAUUUGGCCGUCCUGACUGAAUUGAAACCCGUCUUUCAAGAUUCCGAUCUACAUAUAUUGCCGCUGGCCAUGUCUACUUUAUGUGCUGUUGUAUCGUCGGGAACAGCUGAUGUGGUUCUGCCUCAGGUGCGAAAGGAUGUCUUGCCGCAUAUUGUAAAGCUGGUUUGGGAUCAACCUCAUCUGGUUGGUGUUGGUAUUGCGCUUGAUGCCUUGCUGAAUGUAUGGACCACGGUUGUUAGAGUUGGGGGCAGUCCUGUCUUUACAGAGUGUGUUGGAUUGUUGGUUAAUCCUGUAUAUGAGUCGGCUACUUCUGGGUCUUCCAAGCUGGCAUACUCUGUCAUUGCACAGUCAGUAGCUACUCUAUGUAUGGAAUCACCUAAAGAUGCACCAAAGACCGUUGCCGAAUUCGUGAAAAAGAUCUCCGAUACCAAAGCUCCUGAAAAUGUACUAUACCUAUCACUCUUGAUUAUCGGAGAAGUCGGUCGUCGAACUGACUUGUCUCCAAAACAUCCUCAACUUCACACAACCUUGUUGUCACUGUUUGCCAACCCAUCUGAGGAAAUCAAACAUGCUGCAGCCUUUGCAUUGGGUAAUGUAGCUGUUGGUAAUCUGGCCUUGUAUAUGCCAGUGGUCUUGAAUGCUGUACGAGAGGGUGGAAAGAAGCGUUACCUGACUUUUGUUGCUUUGAAAGAGAUCAUUGGUCGAAAUGUUCUGUUGGGUGCAUCCAAACAAGGAACACCAUUGACUGCUUUUGCACCAGAAUUAUGGACUCUUCUCUUCCAAAACACUGAGGAUACCAAGGAAGAAGGAACUCGUAAUAUAAUUGCUGAAUGUCUUGGUAAACUAGCACUCUCAGAUCCAAGCCAAUUCCUACCAGAAUUGCAAACGAGACUUAAAGCCGAAAAUCCACUUGUACGAGCAACCGUCGUUACUGCCAUUCGAUACACGUUUACUGAUGAGGCUGGUGAAACGUAUGACGCUCUGUUGAGACCUGCAAUUGCUGAUUUCUUGCAGUUGGUCAAGGAUUCUAGUUUGGAGGUCCGCCGUGUAUCAUUGACGACAUUGAAUGCUGCAGCACAUACCAAACCACAUUUGAUUCGAGAGUCUUUGGGAACUUUAUUGCCUCUCUUGUAUUCUGAAACCAAAGUUGAUGAAUCGCUUAUUCAUACUGUUGAGAUGGGUCCAUUCAAGCAUAAGGUUGAUGAUGGAUUGGAGAUUCGAAAGUCUGCAUAUGAAUGCAUGUAUACUCUACUCGACACCUGUCUCUCUCGCAUUGAAAUCUUUGGAUUUAUCGAACGAGUAAUGCACGGUCUCGACGAUCCAUCACAAGAAAUCAAAACCCUAUGUCACUUGAUGCUUCAACGUCUAGUCUUCCUCUCUCCAACAGCACUCCAACAACGACUCGACAAUGCCACCGAACCAUUAAAAGCAACAAUGAAUAGCAAACCCAAACCCAAUGCCGUCAAACAAGAAAUAGAAAAACUGAAUGAAUUGAUUAGGUCUGCAGUCAUUACGAUGCUUGUAUUGGGACGACUAGCAGAAGUACCUGGUACAGCCAUCAAGUUUGAGGAAUUGUUGAGGGAAGUCAAGAAGCCUGACUCAGCUACUGCUGAUGUCGUUUUGGCUGUGCAGGGAGAAUUGGAGCAACUGAUUGCUUCUCACCAACAGUCGGCCGGGAUGAGUAGCUCAUCUGGUGCUGUUGGUGGAAUGAGUGGAUCUAUGUCGCCUACAGCUAUGGAUACCUCGUAG